CGUGGAUGCGCUUCCACGCCACGCGUCCUCAAUCAGGAUUCGGGACAGGUGCCGCAGCGCAUGCGCAGCCCCUGUGCGGCACGCCGGCACUGCCGUGCAGAUUUUUUUUCUUCCAAACUCGGCUUCCCCCACCGCAAACCAAGAGCUCCAAUUCCUCGUGCCUCUGCCAAUCCCUCCGGCCCUCCUUCCAGGCUUCAGGACCUUCUCCUGCGACGCCAGCACCGCCCCGAGCCGCGGCCCGAAUCUAGGGUUCCCCUCUCCCGCCGUCGACAGCCGGAUCGCACAUAGUGCACCUCCACGAUGCUGCCGUGCGCGAGGUCGGUGCUUCGAAGGAGGGGGCUGGCAUCUUCCGUCCCGCGGAGGUGCGGCGGGGAGGGCGAGUGCUCCACUUGCGCGGGGGAGCUGGUCGCCAAUGCCAGGUGUUCGAGCACGCUGGCUGCGCUCGGCGGCGGCGGGCGCGUGCUCGAGCAUGGCGGCCGGUGGGCAUAUCCGCAGACCGGCGUGAUUGGCGCGGGGCGGAUGACGCGCACGCAGACGAGGUGUUUCUUCGGGUGCGGCGACGGGGAGGAGGGGGGCGUGCUCUCCAAGGUCUAUGAGGAGAGGCGCGUGAUUGGGUACUCACCAGACCAGAUGUUUGCUGUUGUCGCGUCAGUGGACCUCUACGAGGACUUUGUGCCAUGGUGCCAGCGGUCCAGGAUUAUUAGGUGCCAUGAAGAUGGCUCAUUUGAUGCAGAGCUCGAGAUUGGAUUCAAGUUCCUUGUUGAAAGUUAUGUCUCCCGUGUGGAGAUGGAGAAGCCCAGGUAUAUCAAGACUACAGCAUCUGAAAGUGGACUUUUUGAUCAUUUGGUAAACGUUUGGGAGUUUAAGCCUGGUCCUGUUCCAGGGACAUGUGACAUCUAUUUCUUAGUCAAUUUUAAGUUUCAAUCACCACUGUAUCGUCAGGUUGCAUCAAUGUUCUUCAAGGAAGUUGUUUCUCGACUAGUGAGCUCAUUUAGUGACCGUUGUUUUAGAAUAUAUGGCCCUGCUGUUCCAGUGCUGGAAAAUAGUUAUGGACAAAGAAGAUGAAGCCGUUAUGGUUCAAUUUUGAAGGUUGUAUCUUUCAUGGAUCUCUAGGGAUUACUUGUAGUCAAGGCAUAAUCCUUCCUUUUGUAAUCGGUGGUAGUGCCAUUUAGAACACCAUCGUGCAAGAGGUCGUCUAUAAGGAAAUCAGUCAGUAUUGAGUUUUCAUCAUUGGCUAUUUCUGAGGUUAUAUUUUCAUCUAUUUCAAAAUUCGUUUCACGUGCAUACAACGAAAUGGUUAUGUUUUCAUC